AUGGAGGGAUACGAUAAGCUGUGUUCGGACAUGGUCAAAUAUCCUGAAUUCGUCAUCCUCAGAAAAUUCAAGAUCCUGAAUUAUCGUGCAUUGUUGUUCAAGCAGGCUGAACUGACUGAAAAGGAGAGCCGUCUCAUCUCCCUGAUUAGAGAAGACCGAAACUCUGGUGACACUGAACGCCAGCAGUUCGCCUUCAGCUUCGAUGCUAUGCUGAGAUCCACGAGCGACACCGAGGGCUCAAAGGCCCAGAGGGAGCUGAUGCAGGACAUAUGUCGUGUCCUCCCAGAAUACAGCAUGUGGUUUUUCAGACCUCCCUCAAGCAAGCUCCCUGGCUUUUGGUCCCGCUGA